AUGGAAGUACAGAACACUGCUCUCGGUGUGAAGCUAGCUUGGAAAAUGUGUAAGGAACCUCAGAAAUUGUGGUGCAGAUGGAAGGCCCCUCCAAGGGGUUGGACAAAAUUGAACUUCGAUGGUGCUAGUAAGGGGAAUCUGGGGGAAUCGGGUAUAGGAGCCAUAAUUCGUGAUGAGCAUGGCAAUAUCCUUCAUGGGCUGUUUGGGGGCAUUAGAGUCGCCACGAACAAUGAAGCAGAGAUUCGUGCACUAGAGGCAGGACUUCAUCUUUGUAUUAGGCAGGGACUCUCUCGAAUCAUAAUUGAGGGCGACUCACAGAUUAUAAUAGAUGGAAUCAGUCGAUUAAGUUUUCAUAACUGGAAGCUCAAUAAAUGGGUUCCUAUGAUAAAAGAGAAUAUAAGAAUAAUUGAGAUCUUCGAGAUUGGGCAUGUCUACAGAGAAGGGAAUCGGGUGGCUGAUUACCUUGCGAACCUCGGAGUUGGAGGAAAUGAUGAUUCUGUUUACUUUUGCGAGGCAUCUGCUGCGGAGGAUAUCAAAGGACAAUGCUUGAAGGACUGCCAAAGAUAUCCACGAUAG